AUGUACGCCGCUCAGAAUAUAACGCCAACAGUUUUGGAUGCCAUGAACGGAAAUGUUUCCGAAUGGUAUAACGAAUGCGACAAUGCCAUUAGAAGGUCAGAAAUAGUUCCUGGAACUUACGAAUAUACAACUGCUGUUUCUUAUGGAAACGUAGGUGAGUUUGGAGAAGGUUCUUCAACAACAGUAGAUAUUGCUUGCGACAGGUUUCAUAUUAUUUCUAUUGACAACUCAUUCUUAUACGUGGAACAAGACAUUGAAAUAAAACCUUCUGCCAAGUUGUCUGACAAGAAAGGUUGCAAUGGAAUUUUCUAUGUCGGAUACCAAUAUGCUCCAGAAGUUUUCAUGGGAUAUAAGAUAUAUUCUAACUCUGACUUAGUUCAAACAGUAACAUGGGCAAACUAUGAAUGGUUCGCUUUGAGAAACUCAGUACAACCACAAGCUAGAGAACAAACAGACCAGUAUGCAAAUAUUGAAAAAAUAAGAAGACUUGACCCUAACGUUCCAGGAGUUUAUGUUAACCUUUCUGGUUCAGAUGGAACUGCUGCCACUAAAGUAAAACUGAAACUUAGAGUUCCUUUGUCAUCUUUCCUCAUCUUCAG